UUGUAGUUGGAGGUUGGAACAGGCUUGCGUAAAUCAUUGAGCAAUCUCUUUUUUGCCUGUAAAAUCCACAGCUCUCUCAGUGUAUAAUAGUGUUUCAGUCUCCAGUUUCUACUUCUGCUUGGGGAUUCAAGGUAAUGAAGAUAAAAUGCAUGUGAUAACCCAAAGCUGUGUCCUAUUUUUAUGGAUGACCUUUGUGAAAAGUCAAGACUGUACCCGUGAAAAGUUUAUAAAUAGUGGGCUGUUUGAUUCAAACUUUGACAUAAGUAAUCUGGAGGCCAGCUACGCUGGCGGAAAGCAAGUGAGAGUGGGCUGCAAUAUUGGCUACACUGGCUUUUUCAAACUGAUCUGUGUCGAAGGAAAAUGGCAAUCUAGAGGCACUAAAUGUGAACCAAGAUCAUGUGGUCAUCCCGGUGAUGCCCAGUUUGCAGAUUUUUACCUAGACAAAGGAGAUGAUUUUGUCUUUGGGUCGAAAGUGGUAUACACCUGCCACAAAGGUUAUCAAAUGGUCAGUCGCACAAACUUCCGGCGUUGCAUGGCUGAAGGCUGGGAUGGCGUUGUUCCUGUCUGUGAGGCCCAACAGUGCCCAGUGAUUCAUGUGGACAAUAAUGUCCAAGUGAUUGGGGACACAGAGGAAGCUAUCUUUGGCAAUGUAAUUCGAUUUAGCUGCAAAUUCAGCAAUGAAAUCCUGUUUGGGUCAUCAGAGAUCUACUGCGACGACAAUGGACAAUGGAAUGAGGCAGUUCCAAAAUGCAAAGCAAUAAAAUGUUCAGUACCAGAUAUUGAAAAUGGUCGUGUUAUUGGAGAGAUGCGUGACUACAACGAACAUGAAGUCCUGCAUUAUGAGUGCAAUAAGAAGUAUACACGUGCUGAAGAGAGACCUUCAAAAUGCACAAAAUUUGGACUAAGAGCAGAGUGGAGCCCCACACCACUGUGUGAACCCACAAAAUGUAAACUGCCAACGGCACUUGAAGGAACCACGUAUCAAACAUCUUACAGAAACGUGUUUUCACCUGGUGACACACUGACAGUCAUGUGUGGAGAGAAGUACUGGAUUAAUCACCCUACAGAGACCUCAGCGGUAACUACAUGCAAUGAUGAUGGAACAUGGAGUAUCAGACCAGUGUGCCAAGAGGUUAUAUGCAGCAACCGACGAGAAAAUGACGUGGAUUAUUGGGAUGUUUACCGUUGGCAACGAAUCACAUUGGGCGAUACUGUCAGAUACAGGUGUAGACAAAACUACAAGAGCACAGAUGGCUCCUACCGGGCUGUAUGUCACAGAGAUGGGUGGAGACCAAAACCACUUUGUCAAGAAAUAAUAUGUGACAGACUGGAAAUCCCAAACGCAGAUAUUUCCUACUCUAACAAAAUGAAAUACAAAAACAAUGAACGGGUCAACUAUGUCUGCAACGAAGGUUACACGGGAAAUCCCACACGAACCUGUGGGGAAAAUGGUUGGGUUGGCAAUUCACAAUGCACAGAGAUAACAUGUGACAGACGAUAUUUUGAGAAUGCAGACAUUGAGGGAGAGAGUCAGCUGACGUACAGAUACAAGGACCAGGUCGAGUACGUCUGCAAGGGUGGCUUUGUGGGACGUUUUAAUCUAACCUGUGGGAAAGACGGCUGGACCAAGAGCUCACAAUGUAUAAGUAUACAAUGUGAAAAACUUGACAUCAAGAAUGCACACAUUAUCCGCAACGACAAGCAAAAGUACGCACACCUGGAACGAGUCUCCUAUGCUUGCCAAAAUGAUAGGGACGAGCGUUUCACUAUUAUUUGUAAAGAAGGUGUUUGGACUGGGAUUCAGAGUUGUACAGCAUGUCCAAAAGCUGAAGUUCCAAAUGGAUUCAUAGUUGGCCCAUACAACAGCAGCACACUGUACUACUCCUGCAAUCAAGGUUACAAGCCUUACAACAAAGGCUGGUGGAGUCAGGCCACGUGUAAAGACAGAGUGUGGGCUGGACUUGAACAGUGCAUUGACGAAAGAGCAUGUGGAGGAAUUCCUGUGAUUCCUAACGGGAAUAUGCCACGUCAGCAUUAUCUUUAUCAACAUAGUGAAAGCGUCCAGAUUACCUGUAAGGAAGGAUUCCAGGCUCAGAUUGACAGGUUAAUUUGUCAGGAGGGAAAAUGGAAUGCAAACGGAUUAGCCUUCAAAACAAUCUGUAGACCUCUUGCCAGUAACUGCAAAGCCCCACCUAGAGUGGCAAAUGCAGUUGUUGUGGGUGCAUAUAAGAAGCAGUACUUGUCUGACUCUGAAGUAAUUUAUCAGUGUCGUGAUAACUACACAAUGGAGGGAGAGAGCAGACUUCGAUGCAAAGAUGGGGAAUGGGAGGAGGUGAACAUUACCUGCCACGUAACUUGUCCGGCGCUCCCAGACGUUCCUCACGCCUACGUGUCAGAGGAGACCAAAAAAUCAGAGUACCGAGAAGGACAUGUGAUACAUUUCAAUUGUGAAACUGGUUAUGUAUCAGGUCCAACUAUCAGAUAUGUAUGUACAAGUCUUGGCUGGGAGGGAAUCCGCACGGGGAAGUGCUUCUUAAAACCAUGUCAACUUCCUGAGGAUACUCCCAAUGGAUAUUAUCAAAUUAUCCGCGGACAAGACUUUGUUUUUGGAGCAGUUAUCAGAUACUUUUGUAAUGAAGGGUAUCAAAUGGUGAGUAAGGAUGACACCAGGACUUGUUUGCUGAACAAAUGGACCAAUCACGUGCCAAUAUGCGAUCCUUUCAGCUGUGACCCUCCACCUGCAGAUGAAAAGUUAACAGUGAGAGGUUUAACAGACAAUGAUGAGCCCAUACUUCCUGACCGUUUCCUCACAUUCAGCUGCGAAGAGCCUGGGACAUAUCUGAAUGGCAGCUCAAGACUGAUAUGUGGUAAAGAUGGACAGUGGGAUAAUCCUUUCCCCUCUUGUGAAGAAAUCACUUGUAAAGUCGGCAUGGUGCAUCCUUAUCUUGAUAUAAUUGGAUUGCCAGCAAAUGAAAAAGUGAAGACUGGACAUAGAUUGCAGUUUCAGUGCAGUCAUGAGUAUGUACUGCAAGGGUCUCAAGAACUUGAAUGCUUACCAACUGGGCAGUGGAAUGCACCGUUCCCAACUUGUUCUGAUAAAUGCAGAGUCCCACAACUACCAUACAAUGUAUUCCUCCGCACACAUGUACCAAACGGCCAACUAAGCAAAGGACAAAAGUUAAGGUUUGACUGCCGUCUGCGUGGACACUAUCUUCACGGGAAUGAAGAGGUUGAAUGUUUAGCAGGCGGACGGUGGAGUAGUCCCUUCCCAACAUGCGGAGCUCCUGCGAACUGUGGGAGACCACCAUACCUUCCUGAUGGAGAUAUUGAGGGUACUUCUAAAUUCGAAUACGCACAUGGCGAAAGCGUUAAAUACAUCUGUCAAAAUCUCUACGAGAUGGCUGGUGUGCCUUACAAAAUCUGCCACAAUGGUCAAUGGACUGGAGAGAUGAGAUGCCUCAAACCCUGCACUGUGAAUGAAGAACUCAUGAGAAAUCAUAAUAUUGAAUUCAAGUAUAGUGAUGAGGCUAAGCUGUAUGCACCCCAUAAUGAUCAACUGCAGUUCCGGUGUGUUGGAAGAACAAGACACGACGGCAGAGUGAGCAUGGCUCAGAAAUGUCUCGAUGGUGUGAUUAACCUGCCCACUUGCCAUUAAAGUUAUUUGUCAACCUGCUGUGAUAAACAUGCAAAUGAUCAAUCAAAAUAAAAAAAAUUGGACCAGUUACAAUA